AUGGCUACCAUCGAACCGCGCCUGAUUCACCUCUUGAACGAGUCGACAUCGACUCCUCACCACUCCCAUCCGGACCUCCCUCCUCUGCACGCCCUGCCGCUGCACGCCCACGGUGACAGGCCUCUACCGAGGCUGGACCGCGAUGUAAACCGCCAUGCCGCGUCACAUCCGUAUCCCAUUCGCCUGCUUCUCGACGACUCCGACUCGGGCGAGUCGCGGCAAGGUCAUGGAGCCUACCGCGAUGACAGUCCCGAGGGCCCCGACGAUGUCUACCACAAGAAGCGCAGCCGUGCUACCAUGCACGUCAAGGAUGACUUCGUGCAGCUGCCGCAGCCACUCAAGAAGCAAAAGGCUACACAGCAGGCUCUAGUCAUGCCACCCAUUAUCAACGGCCUCCACGAGCCGCCGCCCCAUGCAGCGCUCUUCCCACCCAUCUCCUCGACAAAUUACGACAACGACGCCAGCCAGAUGAAGUUGAUGCACGACUUCAACAACCACAGCAGCCCUGACGAACGCUCCCACCGACGAGGCUCCUCCGAGACAGACAAGAGCUCCUCCAAGGGCCGCAAGCGCGCCGCAAAACCCCGACGCAAGUGGACAGACGAGGAGACCAAUCACCUUCUCCUCGGCGUGAAUCGUCACGGCGUCGGCAAGUGGACCAAUAUUUUGGAAGACCCCGACUUUGCAUUCAACGAACGCACUGCCGGCGACCUGAAGGAUCGCUUCCGCACUUGCUGCCCCGAAGAGCUCCGAGGCGCCACCAAGGGCUCUCGAUUUGAACGCCGUGUGGAAGGCAACAGCAAAAGCAGUUCUCGCAAGGGUCUCCACUCAGAAAAUAUCUUGAUCAGCGAGGAAAAGUCUCGCACCAAGAGCUCAAAGAGUCCUAUUGAUCCCGAGUCGCCCAAGCACAAGAAGAGCCGCGCUCAUCGCAAGAACAUGGAAGACUUGGCUGAACUCGGCAUUCACGGCCCGUUUAAAAAGUCUCAUCGGCGUGAACGCCGACCUUUUACAGAGCAAGAUGACCAUGAGAUUCUCGAGGGUCUUGAUCACUAUGGCCCAGCCUGGACCAAAAUUCAACGCGACCCUCGCUACCAUCUCUCCACCCGGCAGCCUACCGAUUUGCGUGACAGAGUCCGCAAUAAAUACCCUGCCAUCUACCAGCGUAUCGAAAAGGGCACCUUUCAAUCCAAGGAUUCAUCCCGGGGCAACGACAUUAUGGAGCCUUCGGUCAACAUGUCCAUUGACAACUCGCUGAAGCGCUCCAAGGUUGCUGCCAUGCCCAGCCGCCGCGGCUCCCGCGACGAGGCGGCGAGAUGGCCUGCUCACCUCACUGAACCUGAAUAUGCCCAGCCUUCUAACUUUGAGUUUGGAGAGGUUGGGGCAAGUCACUUCAUGGGCGGCGAGAUGGAUAUUUCCAGACUACUUUUGGACGAUCCCCGAAUGGCUCACAGUCAGGGUCGGCAAGGCGAGCUCUCCGGACCUUCGUCCCCUACCGCCGCCGGCGUGGACCCUCGCCGUGACCGUUACGAAUAUGCACUUCGGUGCUGA